AUUCCCAAACACCCCCAAUCCAAAACCCCCUCUCUGCGUAAAACCCUGAUUCAAAACCCUAAGACACACAGAGAUCUAAGAAGAGAGACCCAAAUUCACACAAGUCAAUCCCCAAAAACCCUAACGAUGUCAUCGGGAAUUCUCCGAUCCCGCAUCGCCUCUGUGGUCUCCAAGCACUAUCGACGCCUGUUGAGCUCCGACGCCGGAUCGGGCGCUCCCAAAGAGCCAUUAGCGCCGCCCAUUGCUACAUCUACUGCUAGUGCUAGUGCUUCUUCUAAUACUACUACGAAUGCUACAGCUGCUAGUAAUGCUUCUCCGAGUGCUGUUGAAGCGAACGCUACGAGCAGCAACAAGGGUUUGAGAUUUCUCAAGUACGGUAUCAUCGGAGCCGUCACCGGAGCCUCCGCUUACGCCGGCUACGCCUCCUACGCGUACACUUCUGAGGAAAUCGAGGAGAAGACAAGGGCAUUACGAUCAUCUGCAAGUUUCACCGUGCCCGAUGAUGCACCUACUGUUGAGAAAAUUCAAGGGUUUCUCUACUCUGCUGCAAUGACAGUACCCGCUAAAGCAAUUGAACUUUACUUGGAUCUGAGGAGGUUAGCCGAAGAGCAAGUUCAGAGUUUUUCUGAACCAUACUCAGAGAAGCUUCUUCCAGAUUUGCAUCCUGCAGAGCGACAUGUUUUUACUCUUGUUCUAGAUCUACAAGAGACACUAAUUCACUAUGACUGGACGCGAGAGAAAGGCUGGCAAACUUUCAAAAGACCUGGAGUUGAUGCUUUCUUGGAACAUCUGGCUCAAUUCUAUGAAAUUGUCAUUUAUUCUGAUGAGCAGAGUAUGUUUGUAGACCCUGUUGUUGAAAGGCUGGAUCCCAAGCAUUGCAUACGAUAUAGGCUAUCUAAAGCUGCUACUAAGUACCAGAAUGGGAAGCAUUACAGAGAUCUUUCAAAGCUUAACAGAGAUCCUGCAAAGGUUCUUUACUUGAGUGGUCAUGCACUGGAAGGUUGCCUUCAACCUGAGAACUCUGUUCCUAUCAAGCCAUGGAAGCAGACUGACGCAAAUGAUACAGCUCUUUUGGAUUUUAUACCAUUCCUUGAAUUUGUUGCCCGGACCAGUCCGUCUGAUAUCAGACCAGUACUGGCAUCAUAUCAAGGGUGUGAGAUCCCAACAGAAUUCGUUAGGCGAUCUAAAGACUAUCAGAGGCGAAUGCAAGAACAGAAGCAGCAUGGUCGUUUCUGGAAACGUUGAGGUCAGAACGAUGUAAAAACAGGUGAAGGAAAUUGUUGGACUUGCUUUACAAUUUGGGAAACAAGAAAUAUAUAAGGCACUGUUAUUGGUGGUAUGAAGCCAAUUUUCUCUCUAGCCAGAGCCAUUUCAGCUAAAGAUUUUGGACUGCAUCAUACAACUUACUAACAAGAGAUGUAAUUUUGUUUCCUGGCAUUUGACCUUGCAUUCUUUGCAUCUAUAUUCUUUUUCUUUUCGGAAAACAGAAUUUUUGGCAUUACAGCAAUUGAAGUUUCUAGUGUUUGACAAGUAGUUUUUCCGUAAGAAGUACGGGUUUGUAAUUUACUUGCUUGAAAACCAGUUUCUAUUUGUCAUGCCCCACCAGCAAUGAGAACAACUCCGAAAGGAGCUUUUGUAAGAAAUCAACAUAUUAUUUAUUGGUCAAAAGAAGAUAUCAUUUGAUUA